GAUAGAUAAAGUGAAAUUUGUCCUCUUUAUUUACAGCAAAUCCAACUUUUUGAGAGAGACGCCAAUAACACACUCUGUUCUCCCAAUCCCAAUUCCAUAAGCCUAAAAAAAACAGAGAUUACAAUAUGCAAGAUCCAUCAUCAAUAUAUUCACAGAUCAAUCAUCAAUUCCCAGAUCAACAAGUCUUGAAAUGUCCUAGAUGUGAUUCAAUCAACACAAAGUUUUGUUACUACAACAAUUACAACCUUUCUCAGCCACGCCAUUUCUGUAAGAAUUGUAAAAGAUAUUGGACUAAAGGAGGUAUUUUGAGGAAUAUUCCAGUUGGUGGAAGCUCUCGCAAGAACACAAAACGAUCUUCUUCUAAUAGCUGUAAACGCUCCUCAACCAUGUCGACUUCAUCAGAACAAAAUUCAAAAACAGAGCAUUUUGCUACCCCUGUUGUUCCAGCUUUUGAUCAGAAUAGCCCAAUUCUUGACGCGAACGGGCCUUUCGGCUCGCUAUUGGCAUCAAACGGGCCGGAAAUAGGGAAUUUUUUAGAUGUUUUGAAUCCUAACGGGCCCAAUUCGGGUGCAGAUGCUGCUGCUCAAAGUGGGAAUAGUAAUAAUAGAGAUGAAUUUUUGGGUGAAGAUUCUAAUUGUUGGAAUGGUACUAAUGGUUGGGCUGAUCUUGCUAUUUACACCCCAGGUUCAACCUUUCAGUAAUAUAGAUUAUUAGAACUUGUAUUAGUACUACUAAUACUUAUGAAAAUGCACUUAUCUUUUUCUAAGCAUGAACUGUGGAAGUGUUGUUUGCGGAUUGUAUACUAUUACUAGUAGUUUCCGGAUCACCUUGUCGUGCAUUUCAGUUUUUUAUUAAUACAUGUACUGAGCAACUCUAUUCAUGUUUACGAAAACUUAAUAUUUUUACUUUGCAUCA